AUGCCUAAACCCACCCACAGGUUCGAAGUGGGUGGCCGUUUGCUUUGCUUUGAGCCGGAUCCAUUGAAGGCAAAACUCAUUUAUUUUGCAGAGGUGACCCAACUUUGCGGUCAUACUUUAAGAGGCAGGACCUACAUCCCGCAGUACUUCGUGCAUUUCCUAGGCUGGAAGAGAAAGUGGGACAGGGAAGUUCCAGAAGAUUUGUUGUUGGAGAAUUCAGAUUUUAACCGAACGCUUAAACGGAAGAUUGACGAGCUGGCGACAAACGUUAAAGACAAAGAAAAGCGAAAACAAAGGAUUGAUCUUGUUCUUUCCACCGCGGCUGAAGCUCGCGAAGAUAUUGAUUGGGACACUGUGCCGGGUGUUUGGAGGGACUCAAAAAAUUCUUCAGCAGUUCAGAAUGCAACUUCAUCCAAUUUGAACAUGAAGAGCAUUUCGGAGUCUGAUACAGAUGCCGAGCGUGUUUACGAGUCAGGUGAACCUGACUCUGACGAUCUGGCACAACUCAAUUUUGAAUCAGUCGAUGUAAGACUUGAAUAUAAUAGCAUAAAUCUGCAGGUUCAUGCAAGCUUCGCCCCAGCUCCGAAGCUCACCCAGUCUCUAAAAUCAAUACUGGAAGGUCAUUGCCGUCCUUUUGAAGCGGCUGCGCAUACUCACCCCAGAAAGCAUUUACCUGUUCAGUCUUGGUGCUCUGUGCUUGAUUUGCUACAAGCUUACCUGAACGACUUCCCUUACAACUUUUCUAUUAACGGCUCACCAACGGUUUCUAAGAACAGUAACGGAUUGAUUUCAUCGGCUACUCAGAGAGAACGAUUCUCGAAAAUGGCAGCUUCAGCGUAUCAAAAGACCGACAAAAGUCGUCGUCUGUGUGGAGAAUUUUGUUCCAGUGUGCGCAUUCUCUUUGAUGCCCUGCUUUUUGAUUACUUACUUUAUCCAUCUGAGGAGAAAUGGCACACGCCUCUUGCACGCGCCGUCAACGAAACCCCCAAAGGCAGCACAUCUCCCAGCUGGGCUUCCACAAUCCUUUUGCCUCCAGAGGAAAUUGAGCGUUCCCCAUCACUUCCCUGUCUUACCUACGAGGCCGUCUACCUUCUCCGACUUUUAAUUCGUCUACCCACGCUAAUAAACCAAAUGGCCCUAACGAAGUGCAGACGUGCAAUUGUGUUGCGCCAUCUCUGUCUCUUUAUCAUGUAUUUGGACGCCUCGAGAGAGUACUGGUUCACUAACUCUCCGCCCCCUAAAAUGAACCCACUGGCAGCUUCAGUCCUCUCCAGUACCCCAGGAAAGCCUUCCAGGGCCUCCUCGUCAUCCUCUGUCUCCAAGGAUAAAUCCAAUCGCUCCAUCUAUAAGACAAAAACCAGAAAGAUCUCCCCCAAGACGCGUAGUACGUCAAGCUUUAUUUUUUCGAUGCAUAUAUUAUUUACUGCUAUAUUUUUUCUUCUUGGUAAGAAUUAA